AUGUUGUGGCUUGUUGUGUGCAUUGUGUGUGCUGUGGCGGGAAGUUGCUGGGCUAGACCAGAACCACCAAUUUCCGGUGGUGGUGGUGGAUACAACUACAGCCCACCCUCAUCAUCAUACGGGGCCCCAUCGACACGCUAUGGACCCCCACAGGCAGCCCCCAUUAUUCACAAACACGUCUACGUGCACGUUCCACCACCAGAACCCGAAUACAUUGCCCAGAAGAAACCCAUCGUUCUCCCACCCCCACAGAAGCACUACAAAAUUGUCUUCAUUAAGGCACCCUCAGCUCCAGCACCAACGGCCCCCGUAAUCCCCGCCUUGCCCAUCAAUGAGGAGAAGACUCUCGUCUAUGUUCUCGUUAAGCGCCCCGACGAGCAACCAGAUGUCGUUGUCCCCACGGCGGCACCAACGCAACCCAGCAAACCCGAAGUUUACUUCAUUCGGUACAAAACACAGAAGCAAGAUGGCUACCCCGAGAGUGUUUCACCUGUUCCUAGUGCUGCCUACGGGGCACCACCUAGUUCCCAGUAUGGUGUACCAAAUUAG